ACAAGUUCUAUAAUGGAACGUAUUAAACAGAAUGUCUGCAGAAUUAAAAUUUAAAGUAAUAAAUUCAAAAAGGUAAUAAAUAUGAUUGAACUAAUCAAGAAUGCAAAGGUGUGAAUGGGUGGGAGUAGGGUGUUAAGAUUGGAUCAAAGUGUGCCUUCCAUGCGAACAAAAUUUUUUUUCAUUUUUAUGGUUAAUACAGUUGCCUACCUGGCCUGCUUUAAAGAUCUCCAAGGCCUCUAAAUCUCUAAUAUGGUCAUUAUGUUGAGUAUAACAUAUUAACCUUGUCCAGUCAAGUUUAACCUCAACAUUGCUGUCAAAGGUAUAUAUGGACAGAGCUAUGAAUGGUUUCAUGUUGUUAUCAUAUUUGUGCUCUUUUACAUGCUGCUUGAGGAAUUUUUCAUAACACUUAUGUAAACUAGAUCUCUGUCAAACCUAUAAUUCUUCAAGGUUAUCCUAUAAACCCCAGGUGUCCAUUCUUCAUUUAUGGCAUCUUUCCCAUAUUUUAGUGGCAGAUAUAUUGUAGGGUUACAUGUAUAUUUAUGUUUGCUAUUUGUUAACACAUUGCUGUCAAGUGAAAGUUCAUAAGUAAUUACUACCUGCUUGGUGUUUUUUCUGCUCUCUGUUGUUGGUAUUAUCAUCUAUAUCAUUACCAUUGUUACUCUGGGUCUUACACUUAUCAGAUAAUUGAUAGAUUAAGUGCUCGCUAAAGCUAUACCCACCCAGGGUAUUUUGUGUUAUGGAACAGUCCAGUUUCAGAGAAGUUUUCUUUUGAAGCUCUUUUUUAUCUGAGUAGAUGUGAUUAAAAAUACUACGUUUAAAAAAAUUAGAUUAAAAAAACAUUUUAUUCUAAUUUUUUUAAACAUAGUAUUUUUAAUGAUUAUUCUGUUAAUUCUUUCAUAUUAACAAAAAUACAAAGAAACAAAUCCAAAAUAUUAUGAAAAUUAUUAUUUAUUCAUUUUUUUAUGAUUUUUUGAAAAUAAUCAAAAAAUCCCAGUCUGCACAGCAUUCACAAGCACCACUAGUCCAGAAAUUGUUAAAUAAGUAUCCAUUAAAAGAAAGCCAGAUUUUCCAGACAAAGGAAGUAAAGCACUUUUUGGAAAUUGCUGAACAUAAUUCUAUGGAUAUUUCAUGUAAUCACUGAAUGUUUGAUAACAAAUUGCAAUCAUUUCAAUAGAAUAAAAACAGAAAAACAUAACUCUGAUUACAAAUGUUCUUAAGAAGCAUCAGUUAAUCUAUAUAAGUCAAGCACUAUGUUCAAAUACUACCUAGAAUUAUUUAAAUAUUCAAUUCAACUUGACCAUUUGAUUCAAGCAAUAAUUAAAUUUUCUUUACUUUAUAAAUUAAAGAAAGUGUAUAUAGAAUUAAUUAUUUAUUUCAAUUGAAAAUGAUAAAUUUUUAUUUGAUAUUUAGAUUGGAGUGAGAUAGAAGAUAAAAAUGUACAGUCUAAAACUCCUGAAGGUGCUACAUCACAAGAAACAGAAGUAUCUGUUGUGCCAGAAGUACAAGGAAGACCAUCAGAACUACAAGGAAUAUGUUCUGCUAUAGAGCCAGGUACAGUGCACAGAACAAGAGAAAUUGAUAUAGCUGCUGGAAUAGAAGAACUCGAUGAGGUUCAAAUGAAACAGUUAACGCCUGAAGAAAUUCUUAGUUUUGCUGAAAAAAGAGAUUUUUUUCAAAGACUUUCUCAAACUUCAAUUAUCCUUCCCCCCGAUUUUUCAUCAUCAACAAAGCUUACAAUGACCAAAGGUGUUAAAUUAAUUGAUGAAAGUGAUGCAAGACAAGGAGAAGUUGUUGAAGAGCAAGUAAGUUUUGCAGAAAGAUUAAAAUUUUUUCAAACUGGAGCAGAAGAUGAAAAUGGUUCUAAACCAUCAUCAAUAACCGGUGAUUCGAGUGCUUUGUCAGACGAAGGAACAGAAGCAGAACGUUCAAUAACAGAAAAAGAAUUUACUGAAGAUAAGAUAAGUGGAUUGAAAGAAAAAUCAAGCAGUUCUUCAGAGUUUACAUCAGAAAAUCAAGUCCUGAAAGCAGAAAUUCAACUUUUCUUAAGAACUGGUAGUGGGGGAGAAGCAAUUGAAAUUUCAAAAAUUAAAGAUUAUAGUGGUUUAAGAAAGGAAGCUUCACAAGAAAGUUAUGUUUCUGAAGAAGAUAAACAAGAGGUACUAGAAACUAAUUUAGCCACUUAUGCUGAUGAAGAAAAACAGAUCAGUGAAGAAUGGGAAAUCAUUAAUGAUGAUGAAAUUAGAGAAGCUAGAGAAACUUUACAUCUCCACAUAGAUAAAGAUAAAGGAAUAGAAGAAACUUGGGAAGUAUUUAGCAAACAAAAACAAGAAUUAAAAAGUGUAGAAAUUAGUCCUCAGAUUACUAGUGAAACAAAAGAUAAAGAAAUUGAAAAAACUAUUACAGAAUUAACAACAGUAGUUGAAACAACUGAAUUUAUCAAAGAAAAAUUUAAAGAUGAUUUGAUUAAAUCUGAAACCAAAGAUGAAAUGAAGGUUAAAGACACUAUGAAAACUAAAGAUGAUACUACUUUGAUUAUGCAAAAAGAAACAACUGAUUCUGUCAAAGAAAAAGUUAAGGAAGAUUUGAUAAAAUCUGAAACCAAGGAGGAUGAAAUUAAACUUGAAGAGAUUAUAAAAACUGAAGGUGAUACUAUUUUGAUUAUGCAAGAAGAAAGAACUGAAUCUUUUGAAGAAAAAGUUAAGGAAGAUUUGAUUCAAUCUGAAAACAAAGAGGACGAAAUGAAACACAAAGAGGGUAUAAAAGUUGAAAGCGAUACUAAUUUAAUCAUGCAAAAAGAAAUGUUUUAUCCACAAGAAGAAAUUGAUAUUUCAUAUACUCUUGAAAGUGAACCAUUAGUUAAAACUGAGAAAAAAGAGAAAGAAAUAAAAGUAUCAUCAUCUGAAGAAAUUGAAGAUAUUUAUGAAGAAACUGGAACGAAGGAAACAGUUACAAAAACAAUUGUGAGAAAUAUUGAAAAAACAAUUAUUCGAACAGUAACAAAUAUCAAAUCAGAAUCAAAUCUAGAAACUGUUGAAGUAGCAGAAACUGAAUUAUGCAUUGAUGAUGAUACUUCAAAAGAUUUAAAUACUUUAGAUGAGAUAAAAUUUAGAGAGCCUCUUUCAAAAGAAAUAAUAGUGCCAGAAAAAGAAAUUACUACAGAAAUUUCUCCACAAGAAAACCUUGAUGUUUCAACAAAAAGAACAAUUAUCAUUGAAAAAAAGUUAGAUUCAAAAAGUGAUGUAAUUUCUUUAGUGGAAAAUGAAGAAAAAAUAUUAGAUAUUUCAGAAAUAGAAAAAGAACUUAAACGUGAUUCACCUGAAAAACAAAUAAUUACUCAAAUUGGAGAUGAAUUAAUGUAUGAUGACAGUGAUAAAAAGCAUAUUGAUUUCAGCCAGGAUGAACAAUAUGAAUAUGAAGGUAAAUUAAUUCCUGAAGUGCAUCCAGAAAUUCCUUCUGAUUUAACAAAAGAAGAUAUUGAAAUAGAAACUGAUAGUGAGUUUAAAAUGAUUCAACCUUUAAAAUCAGAAGACAUUUCUCCUGAGACUAAGGAUACAGAAUUAGAAAUUGAAGAAGAAAUUUUGAAAUCUACUAGUGAAGUCAUGGACUCUACUGUAACUUCUCUUCUAUUGUCUCAUGAUGAAAGUGAAGACACAGAAGAUGAUCAAAAAAAAUCAGAACAUAUGGUUUUUGAGAGUGACACUGCAACAAAAGAUACUACAGAAUCUGAAUCGGAAUCAAAAGAUUCACUCUCUAACAUAAGUGUCAUGGAGAAAGCAGAUACAAUCCAUUUGCAAGCUUCAGAACUAGAAGAAGCAGUCAGUCAUAAAGAAUCCGAUAUUUCUCAAUUAGAAAUGACAGAACUAACAGAUUCAAAACAUCUAAUAGAUAAAGAAUAUGAAAUGAUGGAAAGUUUGGCAAGUGCAGAAGCUUUUCCUGUCACUAUAACAUCCACAGUGGUUACAGAAGGAAAUGAAAUUGCAACAACAGACCAAUCAACAGUUAUUGUUAGAAAAAUUUCUACUAUUGUGAGUAAAACUGAAAAUGUUAUUUUGGAAAAAGAAUAUAAGAAAGUAAAAUCUGAUAAGACCUAUGAAGAACGUCUGUUUGACAUGGAUACAGACUAUAUAUAUUCAGAAGAAGAACACGUUGGAAUAAAGUUAUUUCCUGACAAAUUAGAAGAACAAAAUGAAUCAGGUAAGUUAAAUAGCAAAAUUUGUGUUGAGUCUAUAGAAUAUAUCCCUAAAGAAAAAAAUUAUGAAAUAACCUCACUUACUAUUCUUGAGAAAAAAUGCAAUUCAACAAUAAAAGAAAAUCACUUAUUUUCAGUUAAAGAGAAAAUAAUUGAAGAUGAAUUAAAUUUAGAAAAAGAAAAACAAAUUAUUAAUAAAGAUUUUAAAAAAUCUAUUCAAGAAGAUCCAAAUUGCCUUGAUUUAACUACUGAAACAACACAAUUUGAUGAACAAUAUUAUUCACCAUCUGAAGUAAGUUCUGCAAAAGAAAUUAACGUAACUACUGAAAUUUCCACUGAUAUAGGAAUUAAAUCGGAAAUACUUAAGCAAACUGCUGAUUUAUUAGAAAAAUCAGUUGUUUAUGAAAAUGAAAUAAAUGCACCAACAGAAUUUAAAAAUGCCGAUAUUUCUGAAACAGUCGUAUUAGAUGAAUCUGAAGAAAUCAAUAAAAAAAUUGGCAUUCAAGAAAUUGAUUCUAUAUUAAUAAAAGACAAAACAGAGUAUCUUGAAUUUGAAAAUAACUUAGAGAAGUUUGAAAUAGAAAACCAAAUUGCAGAUGAUACCAAACUUGAAUGCUUUGAAGAAAAAAAUCAAUCUUUAGAUGUAGUAUCAGAAAAAGAGCAAAUAAAAGAAUAUAAAAUUGAUGAUGUAUCUGUAUUUCAGAAAGAAACUUUUCAGUCAACAUCAAUUUCCUCAGAGUAUAAAAUUCAGCAUCCAAAUUCAAGUGAUUACUUUUCAGAAGGGCAAACUAAUGGAUUCAGUCAUUCAGAUGAUUAUCAAUCUUAUAGUCCAGAUGAUAUUCCUAAAGCUGAUGUUUUAACACAAGCAGAAGUGUCUUUUCCAUCUGCAUUAGAUACAAAAGAAUCUGCAUAUGAAAAUGUUAACAAAUGGAUGGAAAAAGAAAUGGAAAUUGUUAAAGAAAUGUUGAAGGAUAGACCAGAUAAUAUGCCUUCUUUGGAGAAUUAUGAAAGCAUAAUAGCUUUUGAUGGUGAUCUUCCGACUGGAGAUGACGAACUAUUUAAAAGAAGUUCUCCAACCAUGGAGUCAUUUGACGACGAGGCGCAAGUUGAAAAAUGUGACACCGAUCUUAUUUUACAGAUGUUAAACAAUGUUUCCUGCAGUGAAAUAGAACUAGCUGAAGUGCGAACCGAAGAUGAAGCACCUGAUAUCGAAGAAGAUAUUUCUCCAGCUGCAGAAGAAUUGUGUAAUUCUACAUUACAAGAAUUUAUAAAAGAGCAAACAGUCAAUGAAAAUUUUGAUCAAGGUGCAAAUAAAGAGAUACCAGAAAAGACUACAUCAGCACAAUUUACUAGUGAUAUUUAUGAAGAGUCAGAACUGGAUAAAACAAAAACAAAACCAACUCUUGAUCUAUAUCCUCAGUCAUCAUUAGAAGUAGAAAUAGGUAGUCACAUAAGUGAUGAUAUUUCACUUGACAUAGAUAAAAAUCAUAUUUCAUGUUCAGAAAAUAAAAUAGAAGUCCAACAAGAAAAAAUACCUAAUACCGAACUUUUAAAAUGUGAUACUACAUCCAACGUUAAAACAGUUUUAUUCCCUACUGCAUUACUGAAAGCCGAUGCAAUUCAUGAUUCUACCUCUGAUACUUUAACUUCUUCCACAGUGCUGAGUGCUAAAUUAGCUGAUGAAGCAUCUGAUAAUAUUUAUCCUCAACUAAAUCUUUCAGGUAUUUUGGUUUAUCUAAUAUUGUUCAUUAUCUGCUAUUCUUAAAAUCAAUGCACUGUUAUCAUCUUAUUUAUGCCUUAAUUAGAAUUAAUUUUUGAAUUUUACUUUAAUUGUAAUAUCAUAGCAUUUAUUUAUUUAAAUUAUAUUUUUAUAAUUUAUA